CCAACUUUAAAAGCAAACAAACUGACUGUUAAGCGUAAAAAAACAUAACACUACCCUCGCUUCUCUCUUCCUUGAGAACCUAACACGUCCAUAUAUAAGCCUUAACAUGACCUUCAACCUUGGUCAAGGCUAGGAAGAAGAGCUGGCUUGGAACGGAGAGUCUGUCUGAUCAGACAGCAACAGACAGAAAUGAAAAUGGUGCAAAAUGGUUUUGUUGGAGAAGAAGAAGAAAGGGUGAGUUCUGGUGGUGGAACGGUGGUUGUUGGAGUGAAGCUUGAUUCACCAAGUAGAGAGCUUUUGACAUGGGCUUUGGUUAAGGUGGCUCAGCCUGGUGACUCUGUGAUUGCUCUUCAUGUUCUUGGUAACAAUGAAAUUGUGGAUCGAGAUGGGAAGUCUUCGCUUUUAUCGCUUGUCAAAGCGUUUGACUCUGUUCUUGCUGUUUAUGACGGAUUCUGUAAUUUGAAACAGGUGGAUCUCAAACUUAAGAUAUGCAGAGGUUCUUCAAUUCGCAAAAUUUUAGUGAUGGAAGCAAAAUCUUAUUCUGCAACUAAGCUUAUAGUUGGAACCGCUGCCAAACUCCAUAAAAUCCGGUCGUCGACUUCGAUAGCUAAGUACUGUGCUAAGAAACUAACAAAAAACUGUUCAGUUCUUGCUGUUAAUAAUGGGAAAGUUGUGUUCCAGAGGGAAGGUUCUCCAGCUAGCAAUUUUAGUUCAAAAGGAAGUGAAGUUCAGAAAAGAAAUAGUUUGCUUAAUGCAAUUCAGCGAACUAUGACAUUGAACAGGAAUUCUAGAGUAUUAACUGAAGGAAAUGCCAAUGCUGAGACCAAUCUGAAUUCUGGUGAAACUAAGGACAAAAAUUUGGAGCAGGCGUUAUUAAAAACCAGUUCGGGCAGCUUGGAGUGUGCUCCAAAGCAAAAUUGCUCAAUUUGUGGAUCCAGUAAUAAGCUGUUGCUACAUAAUUCUUGUCAUCAAUCUGCAAAAGAGUCUUCUUAUGAUGAUGUUAAUGAUGGAGGAUACAAAUCCUUGGCUAUAGUGCCAGUGCAAAAGGCUGAGGCUGCAUCUAGUUCCAUUUCUAUGUUGAUCAAACAGUUGCCUGGAAUCAGACCUGGCUGGCCUUUACUUCGCCGUGCAGUUUUAUCAGAUGGACAGCAACAAGUUACUCCUGACCGAUCUUCAUUGAGGCAGAUAUCUGUGGUUCAGUGGGUGAUGCGAUUGCCCUCUAGGCGUACUUUGUGCAUAGCCAAUUCAGAUCAGAAACAAGAUAAGUCUUCUAAUUUUGAUGGAGAAAGCGGUGCAAUUGUUCCAGUUGGUACGGAGAAUGUCAUUGCUCCACCUUCUCCUGAUCACAACUCAAUAAACCUGUCAAAAGAAUUGGAAGGUCUUCAUGAGAAAUACUCUGCAACUUGCAGAUUAUUUAAGUACCAUGAACUUCUCUCAGCAACAUCAAAUUUCUUGGCUGAAAAUUUGAUUGGAAAAGGUGGCAGUAGUCAGGUUUAUAGAGGUUGCCUUCAAGACGGCAAAGAACUUGCUGUGAAAAUCCUAAAGCCUUCUGAAGAUGUAUUGAAGGAGUUUGUUUUGGAAAUUGAGAUUAUUACUACAUUACAUCAUAAGAACAUUAUUUCCCUCUUGGGUUUCUGCUAUGAGGAUAACAAUCUUCUCCUGGUUUAUGAUUUCUUAUCAAGAGGAAGCCUUGAAGAAAACCUUCAUGGAAAUAAAAAGGACCCUGAUGCAUUUGGUUGGAGUGAAAGAUACAAGGUGGCACUUGGGGUAGCAGAGGUCUUAGAUUAUCUCCAUACUAACAGUGAGCACCCUGUAAUCCAUAGGGAUGUUAAAUCUUCAAACAUACUACUGUCUGAUGAUUUUGAGCCGCAGCUCUCAGAUUUUGGACUCGCUAAAUGGGCACCAACCUCUUCUUCACAUAUAACCUGCACAGAUGUUGCAGGAACCUUUGGCUAUUUGGCUCCUGAGUACUUCAUGUAUGGCAAAGUAAACAACAAGAUUGAUGUUUAUGCAUUUGGGGUAGUGCUGCUUGAGCUGCUGUCCGGAAGAAAGCCUAUAAGCAAUGACUAUCCAAAGGGCCAGGAGAGCUUGGUCAUGUGGGCAAAGCCAAAUUUAAAUGGUGGGAAGGUUUCCCAAUUAUUAGACCCAAGCUUGGCUGAUGGCUAUGAUCGUGAUCAGAUGGAGAGGAUGGUUCUCGCUGCCACGCUUUGUAUUAGACGUGAUCCACGUGCUAGACCUCAAAUGAGUGUGGUUGUGAAGCUCCUUCAAGGUGAUGCUGAUGUGACCAACUGGGCAAGACUACAAGUCAAUGCCUUGGAAGGAUCUGAUACAUUGGAUGAUGAAGCUUGUCCUCGGUCAAACCUUCAAUCUCAUCUUAGUCUUGCAUUGCUUGAUAUGGAGGACGAUUCACUCUCCAUGAGCAGCAUUGAGCAAUCUGUAUCAUUAGAGGACUACCUCAAUGGUAGAUGGAGCCGUUCAUCAAGCUUCGACUAACCUCAAUAUACUGGCAAGCUAAGCUGCAAAUAAGCAUUCUUCCAUGUAUGGAAUUUCCCCCCUUGUAUAUUCUUUUGGUUUUCUUUAUUUUUUUUUACUCUUUCCUUUGAAUGGGGCUGCUUACAUUAGGUGUUGGAUGAGAGGUUUGUUUCCCUGGUGUGCCCUCCUCCUUCCCUAUCUAUUCAAUCGAUAUUCUGCAUUUGUGGGGCUGCUUUCUCAAUCAUCCCCUCUUUUUUUUUUUGUUUGCUUGUUGUUCUUAAAGGUGUUGGUUUUGCUCCUUGAUCACAAUUAGAUUAGGAGUGGAAUAUAUUGUACUGGUGGAAGCUAAUUGUGUUGUAAUCGCGGAGUAUUUUCUCAUAAAAGUUGAGUAUAAAAGUAAGCAUUGCUCUGAAUUUGCCCCAAGCUUGGCUAAUAAGAGCAAUUUUGCUUGGAAUUCUACUUCAUUUACAUCUGCUGUAACUUUAAUGGUUCAAAAAUGCUCAUACAAUGAUCCACGAAAGUCAUUUUCAUCUUUCCAACUUGUUUCUGUUGCCAUUCAAUUGGCUUUCAAUACACUGUUUCAAGAUUCUUUUGACCCAAUCAGCAAUGCCCAUCUUUCGGCUCCUCACUUUCUGCUCAAAUCUUUAUUUCUAUCACACAUUUCAUCACUUUUUAGACAACAUGAAAAGUCAUGAAAUUGUACUACAACAAUAGGACUACA